AAUAGUUAGGCUCGAGCUGUCAAGUGUCAACUGUCAACUCACAACUGUCUCUUUCUUUACUGUUUAUUUUGUGAGUGGAACUGCACUUGAAGCAAAAUGGCAAAGUCAAAGAAUCAUACAAAUCAUAACCAAAACAGUAAAGCUCACAGAAAUGGUAUCAAAAAGCCGACUAAGAGCAGGCAUGAAUCCACUCUUGGUAUGGACCCUAAAUUCUUGAGGAACCAAAGGUUUUGCAAAAAGGGCAACUUGAAGCCAGCCCUACAGUUAGAGCGUGCUGCUGAGAGGAAAGUAGCAAGGGAAGCCAAGGCUAAGAAAUGAACAGUUAUUUUUAAGCAAUAAAAAUUCAAAAAUACAA